AUUCAUUUGAAUUGUAUAAGGUUAUACUUGAUAUAAGAGAGUUGGACAAACAUAAUGCAUCUGAUAUUAUUAAGUUGGUUAAUUUGGUUCUUAAUAAAUUUAAUAUUGAUCAUUUAAAGAUCUUCACUAUUACUACAGAUAACAAUUCAAAUAUCAAAUCUGCAAUGCAACAAUUGAAUAUUACUAAUGUAAAGUGCGCUGGACAUACACUUCAAUUAAGUGUUAAUUUGGGUUUAAAGGAAGUUGAUGAUCUUAUUUCAAAAUAUAAAUCACUUAUUGCAAUUUUGUCAAAAGAAAAAAAUGUAAACAGCUUCGUGAAGCUUAAUUACAAAUUACUCCAAGUAACUCAAUACUUAAGUGGAUCCAAAUACCCAAUCCUUGGGUUUUUAACACCAAUUUUAGAAGAACUUACUUGUCAGCUCAGGUACUUUACGGAAAAAAGUAAUAAGGCUAUCCUUGUUAAAGAAAUAAUAUUAGACAAUUUAAUUGAACAUUGGGAAGAUCCAAGUGAA